AUGAAGACUGCACUCUUGAUACGCGCCGCCCUGCUGGUCGUGGUGAUGCUGGCGGUGGUGUCGAUGGUGGCGGCCCACCCUGACCCUGGGUAUGGCAGGGGUCAUGGCGGCUAUGGGUAUGGUGGACACGGCGGAGGUCAUGGUGGAUAUGGUUAUGGUGGCUACGGCUAUGGCGGAGGACACGGAGGCUAUGGAUAUGCGAGCCGCCAAGCUGGUAGUGGGGUGUUGAUGGCCCACCCUGACCUUGGGCAUGGUGGCUAUGAGUAUGGUGACUAUGGCGGGGGUUAUGGUGGAUAUGGGUAUGGCGGACAUGAUGGUUAUGGAUAUGGACAUGGCCGAUAG